CUCACUGACAGUUCUUUUUGUUUUCUUGUCUCUCCUUCUCGAUGCGAAGAAUCGAGCAAUUGUGUCGCUCUUUGUAAACUUGUCGUUUAUUGGGAAUAUAACCAGAAUUCGAACGAGCUACUACUUGAAUGCGUAUCUCUCGGCGCCUGAUGUUGGCUGCGACGGUGGCGUUUGCGGUGGCGAUAACUGGGUUCGCGUCGCCGUUUGCGAGUUACGCAGCUGGUCCGGCCAAGAUUUUUCCUCUAGAAAGGGCUUUUCCUCUCGACGAGCCAGUGGAGCUGAGUGAGCUCAGGGCGCGUGACCGUGUCAGGCACGCGCGAAUCUUACUGGGAGGCGGUCGCCAAAGCUCCAUCGACGGCGUCGUGGCUUUUCCAGUUCAAGGCUCCUCCGAUCCUUUCCUCGUCGGCUCCAAGACGACUAUGCUUUAUUUCACAAAGGUGAAAUUGGGUUCUCCUCCCACUGAAUUCAAUGUUCAGAUUGAUACUGGAAGUGAUAUCUUGUGGGUUACUUGUGGUUCUUGCACUAAUUGCCCUCGCUCCAGUGGACUUGGAAUCGAGCUCCAUUUCUUUGACGCUCCUGGUUCCUUGACUGCUGGCUCUGUUACUUGUUCAGAUCCGAUUUGUUCCUCAGCUUUUCACACAACAGCUGCACAAUGUUCUGAGAAUAACCAGUGCGGUUACUCUUUUCGCUAUGGCGAUGGAAGUGGGACUUCGGGUUACUACAUGACUGACACGUUCUAUUUUGACGCGAUUUUGGGAGUGUCUUUGGUUGCAAACUCAUCUGCUCCUAUUGUUUUCGGCUGUAGUACCUACCAAUCUGGGGACUUGACAAAGUCAGACAAAGCAGUGGAUGGAAUAUUUGGUUUUGGCAAGGGAAAGUUGUCAGUUGUUUCUCAGCUGUCUUCACGAGGGAUUACACCGCCAGUGUUUUCUCAUUGCUUGAAAGGAGAUGGUAGUGGAGGCGGUGUCUUUGUCCUUGGCGAGAUAUUGGUCCCAGGAAUGGUUUACAGUCCUCUUGUCCCAUCACAGCCUCACUAUAACUUAAAUCUGCUGAGCAUUGGAGUGAAUGGACAGAUGCUGCCUAUCGAUGCAGUGGCGUUUGAAACAUCAAAUACCCGUGGGACUAUUGUUGACACGGGAACCACUUUGACAUAUUUGGUGAAAGAGGCUUACGAUCCCUUUCUCAAUGCUAUAACAAACAGUGUGUCACAGUUGGCAACGCCGAUCAUUUCUAAUGGAGAGCAUUGCUAUUUGGUCUCGACUAGCAUAAGUGAUAUGUUUCCUUCGGUUAGUCUCAAUUUUGCUGGGGGUGCAUCAAUGAUGUUAAGACCUCAGGACUAUUUAUUUCAUUAUGGUUUCUAUCAGGAUGGAGCAUCGAUGUGGUGCAUUGGUUUUUCGAAAGCUCCGGAAGAACAAAACAUUUUAGGAGACCUUGUCCUUAAAGAUAAAGUCUUUGUGUAUGAUCUUGCUCGGCAACGGAUUGGAUGGGCAGACUAUGAUUGUUCGAUGUCUGUGAAUGUAUCGGUAACUUCAGGAAAGGAUAUUGUAAACUCAGGGCAACCAGGCUUGAGUAUCUCAAGAACGGACAUGCUAUUAAAAUUGUUCCCUAGCGUCCUAUUGGCUCUACUUCUAUGUACUUUCUUCUCCUUAACGUAAAUUUAUAGAGCUUCACGUUUUUGUGCUUUAGAAUAGUGUAGCUGAUUUUUGUUGAUUCUUUCACCAUUCUCACAUCUUCUCUGUUGUAGUAAGUACUUAGUAGUGCCGUUUUUAAUUGUAGAUAACACUCCUUGUGAAAAAAGGUUAAUUGUGGCCUUUAGAGCCAGGUCUACUUUCUGUAU